AUGGUUGUGGUGAAGGUAGUGAUGGUGGUGGUGGCGGUGGUGGUGAUGGCGGUGGUUAUGGUAAUGCUGGUGGUGGUUUGUGGUGGUUGUGGUGAUGGUAGUGGUGGUGAUGGUGGUGGUGGUUAUGGUUGUGGUGAUGGUUGUGGUGAUGGUAGUGGUGGGAGUGGUGGUGGUGGUGAUGGUUGUGGUGGUGAUGGUGGUUUUGAUGGUGGCGGUGGUUUUGGUGGUGGCGGUGGUGGUGAUGGUGAUUGUUGUUGUGGUGAUGGUUGUAGUGAUGAUGGGGAUGGUGGUGAUGAUGGUGUUUGUUUUGGUGGCGGUGAUGAUAAUGACAUUAAUAUAUUGGUCGAAAUGAGGAACCUUUGA